ACGUACAUCGCGGUUUCACAAAAUGUCAAAAAAAAAUUUAUAAUAAUCACAAUAAAAUAAAGUUAAGUAGUAUACAUGAGAAAGAAGAUGCAGUGAAAAAUUUGUGCAGCAAAAAAAAAAACUGAAACAAGAAUUGCAACUACUUGCCAUACAGAGAGGGGACCAGGACCGCCCCUGUUGUUCAAAUCUUUGAUACCGGCAUAUUAUUGGCUUUUACAAUAAACCACGUGAUACUACUUGAAGAAUAUUUUCAAAUUUUUUUUUUUUUUACUUCAAACCCAAAAGAUGAAUAAAUAAAUCAACAGUAGUAGCUACAAUCAUAUACGACACAGUGAAUGUACAAAAAUCAUGUGAUGAUAACACAACAAGAAAAAAAAAUAUAUAAACUUGAAAUAUUGAUAAAUAAUUAUUGAAAUCAAUUGUGUUUAUAUUUAAAAAGUUUUUUUUAUAUUUAUUUGCUGGCUCAUGAUUUUUCAACAUUAUCAAUAUCAUCGUUAUAGUGCUUCUAUUGUCAUCAGAAAAAAAAGGAUAAUAGACUAGAACAACUCUGCAAAAUAUUUUCAUUUUCAUUGCCAUUAUUUUUUUUUAUUCUGGAGUGAUAGUGACUGAAAUAAAUUAGUGAAAAUAAGUAUUUGUAUAUUGUUUAAUGGAAUAUAUUUGUGUUAAAAAUAUAUCUGAUUAUUUAAUAAAUAAACAAAUAAUUUGUGUGUGUAUUUAAUUAAAUUUAAAUAUCAAAAAAUUUGUGGUGAUUCAAUCAAAAGGAUUAUUUAAAGUGUAUAUGAUUAUUGCGAUUUAAAAAAAUGUUUAUAAAUUAAAUAAAUAGUAGUGAUAAAAAUUUAAAACGACGCCAUUAACACCACCCGUCCUGGCGAACGACGAGUGUUCCGGUGGAACCGGAGUUGGGGGUGGCUUUUGGAUUGCCUCGGUAACAGCGGGGGCAAGUACAAGAGCUACUCUGCCUCCGCAUAUUUCCCACUCGGAUAUGGACCCAAAUCAUGGGCCAUCGGAAACUGGAUUUAUUAAUAGUCAACCAUCAAUGGCAGAAUUUAUGACAGCUCUUCCUCAAUUAAGUGGCGACGGACCACUUCCGGAUUCUCCAAGUGCUGUUGGUCCAUUAAGUCCCACUCAACAUCAGUCUUAUCAUAAUUUAAUUGAUUCACAUGGAAUUGCUGAUCAUACAAAUGUUAAUGUUCCAGAAUAUCCAUGGAUGAAAGAAAAGAAAACAGCACGUAAAAGUAGCCAACAAGAAGGUGGUUUACCAAGACGACUAAGAACAGCAUAUACAAAUACACAGCUUCUAGAAUUAGAAAAAGAAUUUCAUUUUAAUAAAUAUUUAUGCAGACCAAGACGAAUAGAAAUAGCAGCGUCAUUAGAUCUUACAGAAAGACAAGUAAAAGUAUGGUUUCAAAAUCGUCGAAUGAAACAUAAACGACAAACUGUCAAUAAAGAAGACGGUGAUGGAAAAGAUGGUUUAUUAGAUGGUGUAGAUAAAGAAAAAGGAGAUGAAAUUUUAAUUGACAAUGAUGAAAAAAAUAGUUGCCAUAAUUGUAAUAUAUCAAGUGUAACUGAUGCCAACAGUAGUGGUCAUGGUGAAAUAAAAGAAUUAAAUUCAAAUAAUCAUGGUGAUAAUAAUAACAUAUUAACAUCAACAAAUAAUAACUUGAAUGAAACAAAUGUGAUAUUCAAUGCAAAUAGUAAUGGUGCAAGUAGUAUUGAAAGUACAAAUAGUGUAUCAAGUUCAUUUGAAAAAAUGAUUGUUGAUGAUGAUGCUAAAUCAAAUGAUCGUAAUGAAGUAACAUCACCAACAACAACAAGAAAAAUAUUAUCAGAUGAUAUUUGUGUUAAAGUUGAAGAUGAACAUAAUAAAAGUCCAAAUUCUAAAAAACAUAAUUUACAUGAUAAUAAUAAAUCACCAUCAUCAAGUACAAAAGAAAUAUGUUCAGUUACAAGUAAUGGUGUACUAUUGGCAAUGCCUGAUUCAACAGUUAGUACACCAGUAUUAUUAGGACAAAAUUCAGUAAGAAGUUUAACUCCUUCUUCAACUCCAGGUACACCAGUAUCAAAUCAAAUACAACAACAAGAAAAAACAACUAAUUUUCAACAAGCACAUCCUUUUUACAUGCAAAGACCAAGCAGUUCUCCAUCAUCAACAAGUUCACUUCCAAUUUCACAUGUUACACAAAAUUCUACAACAAUGCCAAUACAUUCUCGUGGUGUUGUUGAUCCUCAGUUGCAUUUUCGUAAUUAUCCAACAACAAAUAAUCAUGCACUGUAUCAAUCACGAACAACUGAUCAUCACAACAGCAACAACAACAGUUCAAAUACAAAUCGUCACAGUGUUCAUCAAAGCUCUCAGUCACAAGCAACUGAUAGCACCAGAGAUUAUCAACACAUUCCAAAUGACAAUGAAUUUCAAUCUUCAUACGGACAAAAUUCAAUAGCACGAGUUAAUUAUCAAAAACCUGGAAUGACAACAAGACCACUUUAUGAUGCAUCUGUGUCUCAAUUACAUCAACUUCAACAGUAUUCAAAUACAACAAAUGAUUACAAUGGUUAUUCACAAAUUAAUUCAAGUUAUUCCUACAAUAGAAGUACUCAUUCAACUACAUAUAAUACAAACAAUGAUUAUUCUUAUAAUGUCGAUCAUUCAAAUAGUAAUUAUAUGAAUAAUAAUUGUGGCUAUACAAGUGGAGAUUAUCAUGGAAAUGUUAAUGCUGCACUUCAUCCAACAGUUGCAUCUCAACCAAUUCAAAAUUCUUAUGAAGGUUUUGAGUAUCGAUCUCAGCAUCAAUCAUAUCAACAACAACAACAUCAACAUCAUUGUCUAGAUAAUUAUCAUUCAAUUAUUUCAAGUUCAAAUUACAGACCAACAAAUAAAUCAUAUAAAAAUCAUACUCACCAUAAUCAAAAUCAUCAAUUAUAUGUUCAUCAAAAUAAUGAAGUAGUAAAUAAUCAUAGUGGCAAUAAUAAUUAUGUAUCAACACAUGAUAAUUUUGCAUCACGUGGAAUGACAACAUCAACAGCAAUUGCUGCUGCAAAUGCUGCUGUUAUAACACCACCAAAUAGUACUGAACAAGCUGAGCUAACAAAUGAAGCAUACAAUAAUUUUGGCAAUUCAUAUGAACCAGUUAAUUUUACUGCUCCAACACCAUCUGCUGAUAAUAGUAAUAGCUCAUCUGAUUUUAAUUUUUUGAGUAAUCUUGCUAAUGAUUUUGCACCUGAAUACUAUCAACUUAGUUGAAAAGCAAACUAGCUUUAACUUGGUGGACUGAAAUUUUGUCAAGCUGAUGACAAUUGACAUAGUUGAUAUAGACUUUAUUGAUUUGUUAUAUUGAGUCUAUUAUUUUAAAUAUAUUGUAAAAUAUGAACAAAGUUAUAUGAUUUAAAAUAAUAAGUAUAAAAAACCCUUUGAGGUAGUGUAAAUAUAGUAAGUUUUUUUUCUUUAUUUCUAAUAUUGCGUAAAAUGUGAUUAGAAUGGUAGUAAUCAAAUUGGUGA